CAAUCUUGCUGUCAUCAUCCCUGGAUCUAUAACAUGGACUGCGAUGCUGCGACGUCCAAAAUCCUGGCCGAGUGGAAGGAGGUCAGCGACGGGGCUUUCGAGGACUCUUCGCCGGAGUCCUCCUCCAUGGACUCCAUGUGCUCCUCGCCGGAGAUCUUCUUCUCCGGCGGUCACCAGGAGAUCCAGGAACUCGCCAACGUCUUCCCGGGGCGCGGUUCUUCAUACAGUCCGAAGGCGCAAAGGGAGAACAAGUCCAAGAUGUCCACCAAGAGGCGCAUGAAGGCCAGCGAGAGGGAGAAGAUGAGGAUGAGGAGUCUCGCCGAGGCUCUGCACCAGCUGCGGGAGUACCUGCCGCCGGACUACACCAAGAGGGGACAGCCGCUCACCAAGAUCCAAACCCUCAAGUCCACCAUUGAGUACAUCAACAAGCUCACGGACAUCCUGAACCGCGCGUAAAAAAAAAAAAGCCUCCUUUGACGCAGCUCAUCUUGGACUUAAAUGAACCUUUCUGUUUGAUGAUUUUAAUAUUUCUGCCCAUGGUGUAAAUAUUCGAAGGGCACUUAUUUUGUAUAA